AUGGCUUCUGCCUACUCCGGCCGCCGCUUCAUGGACGACUCGUCCUUUCGUUCCGCCCCAGGCUCUCCUAUUGGUGUCAUGCCAGACAUCAGGAGUCCCUACGGAGCUCACGCCAUGUCCGGACAACACGUUUAUAGCGAUGCCCUUCGUUCCGACUACUUCGGACCUGGUGUUAGCAGUUUUCGCUCAGCACCACCACGAAUGCCUCUUGCGCCUGACAUCGACAUACGUGCUCGUUAUCACACGGAAGACAUGAUCAGAAGGUUGACGCAACAUGGAGGCAUUGACUAUGAAUGGUUCCUUACAUGCAUUUGGAUCGCACCACCAGAUACAUCCAAUGGUAUGCUCGAACGGAUACUACCCAAAUGA